AUGGGUCUCCUAGUGACUGGAACCAAUGCCACUGCCCCAAUCGUAUCCGCCUCCCUACAGGGGAUUGUGUAUGGUUUCUCUACGUGCACCUUCGCUAUCACGAUCUGGGUGCUGGCAUUACAGAAAGGUAUACGAGUUCACUAUGGCAUGCUCAUCGUAGCAUGCACAUUAUGGGGCUUGAGCACCAUUAGGAUGAUCCUUGACAUCUACCUCACGACACAUGCAUUUGUCGCAUAUAUGUUCUCCAGGCCAUUAGGGCCGGAAGAGUCGCUUUCUUCAUUCAAUAAGCCACCCCAGCUGCUUGAUAACACAAUUUAUGGUCUGCAGACUCUCAUUGGUGAUGCCGUUGUGAUCUACCGCUGCUACAUCGUCUGGAAGAGCUGGGUGGCAGUCGUGUUCCCCUUGCUUUGCUGGGGUGCAUCUUUGGGGAGCAUCCUCUACAUUCUCAAUUCAUCUGCCAAGGGCCAGACUGGUCCACAGAUCAUACUCUUCUACUCGCUGACCUUAGCAACAAAUCUAUCUGCUACGCCCUCAAUCAACACGUUUGCUGCUCUGACAGAACUCAAAGGCCGGCAAGAACUUCAUGCGAAAUACAGACCAAUAGUUCGCAUCAGGCCUAAUGAGUUGUCCGUCACCGAUGCUGACCUCCUGCCUUCCAUCAUGGGUCCAGAUGGAGUGCCAAAAAGACCAUGCAGGCGUAUUUCUGGAAAGAAAGGUGCUGGGGCGAAGGAGGCGAAGGGCAGGUCAUUGAUCGGUGCCCGCAACAAGGAUCAGCAUGCAGAAGUUAGGAGAGUGUGGAACCAGGCCUUCACUCCCACUGCCGUGAAGGGAUAUGAACCCGCCAUAGCCAGAAGGGCUGCACAAUUGGUGGAUGAAUUAAAAGGUAGUCUAGAGAAGUAUGGCAAUACUGGCAGGGUUGACCUAGCACAGUGGACUAGCUUCUUUACAUUUGAUAUCAUGGGUGACAUAGCUGGAGGGUUUGAGCUCAUGUGCAAUGGGGAUGAACAUCAGUUGGUACAAAAUCUGGAAAAGGGUCUCUACCUUCCAGCCUUGACCCAGCAGAUUCCUUGGGCGUCAGACUUCCUCCCAUACUUCCCAUUCCUCGGGCAAUACAUGAAAGCAUUGGCCCAGUUAGGACACAAACAAGCCACAAGGCGCCUAAAUGAGGGCUCUGUGUACGAUGAUCUCUUUUAUUAUCUGCUCAAUGAUCCAGAUGCGAAGGGUGCCCAGACUCCCAUUCCCAUCGUAGUGUCAAAUUCUGUCAGCUCAAUCAUAGCGGGCUCUGACAUUGUGUAA